CAUUACAUAAAAAUAUUUACAUUCUCUAAAUCACAUAUGAUAGCUUUGUUUAUAAUAUUGAAUCAAUUAUUAUGUGCAUAAUCUUAGUCAGGGUCAUACGUAGUGUAGUUAGACAUCCAAUCCAUUUCCAAACUAUGUCAACUCGUCAAUCUAGUGAUAUCGUAAAGUUUAAGGAAUCAUUAAAAGCCGCAAAAGAAAUCGUAAUUUUAUCAGGCGCCGGGAUAAGUGCUGAAUCAGGAAUACCAACGUUCAGAGGAGCAGGAGGAUAUUGGAGAAAAUAUCAGGCAUCUUCUUUAGCAACGCCAGAGGCAUUCCGAAGUAGUCCUAGUCUGGUUUGGGAAUUUUAUCACUACAGGCGAGAAGUAGCUGCACAAGCACAACCGAACGCAGGACACAUAGCUAUAGCUAAAUUUGAAAUGAAAUAUGGUGUUGAAAAAAAAGUAACAGUUAUAACUCAGAAUGUUGAUGGUCUCCAUGAAAGAGCUGGUACAAAAAAUCUAAUUGAACUUCAUGGUAACUUAUUCAAGACUCGUUGCACUAAAUGCAAAGAAGUUUUAGCAAACACAGACAUUCCAAUUUGUGAGGCUUUAGCCAAUCGGGGUGCACCAGAUGCCAAUAUAGUUGGAUCAGAUAUCCCAAUUAAAUCUUUACCACACUGUAAAAAAGAAAAUUGCAGUGGCCUCUUACGACCACAUAUUAUCUGGUUUGGUGAAAGUUUAGAACCUGCUAUCUUGGAGAAAGCUGGAGAAGCCAUGGAAAGCUGUGAUGUAUGUCUUGUAGUAGGAACAUCUUCUGUAGUGUACCCUGCUGCAAUGUUUGCACCCCAAGCAGCUCAGAGGGGAGCUAUUGUUGCCGAAUUUAAUAUUGAACCUACACCAGCUACACCAGAUUUUCAUUAUUACUUUGAAGGGCCAUGUGGAAAAACACUACCUGUAGCUCUAUCAGAUUGAGUGGUAUAGUAUAGGAGUGUAUAGUUGUUAGGUAAUAGUUAUCAUAUUAUUGACAUGUUAUUAGUUUUUUAAUUUCCCAUGUUAAAAAUGUUAGGAAAUAGGUAUAGUUAAAUAAUAACAAAAAAACAACACAUAAAAAAAGAUUUUUAUCACAGCUAUUAGAAUUAGAGUUGUAUGUAUAAAAUUUUAAAAUAAAUUAUUUUUAGACUUUAA